UAGAAUUUUUAUCAAAACGAAAGCACGUAAUCGUAAUAUACACAAUACACAUGAUAUUUUUUGCCAAUUUUAUAUUUAUUGAUACCUAACUUCUAAGAAUUAGUUAAAUGUUUUAAACCAUAGAUCUAAUAAUUAUACUAUUAUGUUUUAAACGGUGUUGCUUGAACAAAGUUGUAGUACAUAAAAGCAAUUUAUAUUUAACAUUUGAACCUGGAAUAAAUUAUAACUAUAAUAGGCAAUGUUGCAAAAUAGAGAACCUUUGAUUGAAAUUUGCGAGGUACUGGCCGAAAGAGAAGAGUUAAAAGUUACAUGUAAAUUAGCCGCUAAAGAUGCGUUAAUAGCAGGAUUUGGAGCAUUUGCUGGUGCUCUUAUUGCGGGUCCAAUUGGAGUUGCAGUAGGUGGAACCGCAGCAUCUAUAGCAACAGCACUGAAUAGCAGAGGAAAAUAUAGAUCUGUUGUUGAUAUCCUGAGAUAUGAUUUAACUCCAACACAACAAGCAAAAUUAACCGAAGCAGUUAAAAAAGCAGUAAAUAAUGUGAAUGUAGAUGAUGUGGCAAUGUUGAUGACAAUUGUUUUAACUAGUACAACCUUAAAAGAAGCCAUUCUGAAAGAACUUGCUUCUUUUCUUUUGAAAGAAUUAAAUCUGAACAUGUUAAGUCAAAUUUAGCGAUGGUUUUUAAUGAAAAGACUGCUCCCUGUAUAAAAAUGGUCUUAUCUCAAUUCUUAUUCAUACUUUGUAUUUGUGAAAUGAUUUUAAAAUGUUACUGAAAGACUGAUAUGUUAGAUGGAAUAAAAGAUUUACUUUUUGAAUAAGAAUCAACUUUGUAUCGUGACAAAAAACAAUUUUUAUAAAUUUUGAACUAGUUAAGUUUUGUUUUUAAAUACUGAAUCUACGUGACUGGCAUGUUUUAAAUUUGUAUUAACAACUCUUUUAAUAGAAGGUACAUUUUUAUCAGUGUUCAUACUUCGUCCAGAUAUAUGUCCCAUGUUGCUUAUUCUUUACAUAUUGUAUAUCAUCGAUUAUUGUAAUAAAAAUAAAAAUCUGAGUUCUGAAAUUAAUUUAAAAUAAUUGAUAUAGAAUAUGGUUAUUGUAUAAUUCAUUAUUAAUUUAAUGGAUAAGUACCUAUAUUUGUGAUAUUUUCCUGUUUGAAUAAAUCUAAUAAAAGCCGAGUAUAGUUUUUAUUUAUUGUACCAAAAUGUGUUUCUGAUUUACAGCCUCCUGAAUUACUAACUGUCUUAUAAAAAUUAUUAUUUCUAAGAUACAGUUGUUUUUAAUGUUUUUUUUUUUUUUGUUAUUGACAAAGCAAAUUUGAUUUACUUUCCAUUAUUAUUUUCAGAUUUAAUUUAUGUAGUUACUUAUAUGAUCCAUACUUUUAAAAAAAUAUAAAACUUGAAACAUAUGGCCUAUUAAUUAUUUAAGCUUUUAGUAUUU